AAAAAUAUAAGUCCACUCGAACGAUGAAAUCAAAAUUUAAAUAUCAAUAAAAACAUUGCUUUCCUAAUGCUUAAAAACAUGUACACACCAGACUAAUAGUUUUCUUGCUGAACACUGCUUAGGUCAUGAAUUCAACAUUUAUAAAUUGCUAUAAAUUUUUCUGGUCCUCCUAUCUCAAUUUGCAUUCCAUUUGAACCAUGCUAAAUAUUUCUAUUAGAAAAAUAAAUCUCAACCUUUAGCCACAACUAGCACAAGAAUAAAAAUUCCGCAAUCUGGGGCUUCACAGAGGCUUGCCUGAAAUCUGUGAAAGCUGGAAUAACACACGAAUGCUGCCAGACUCGGUGAUGAAUCUAGGCCCCAGGAUGCAUUGCGCCAUAUACAAUCCCCCAUCAGACCGUCGAGAAUCCUUUCCAGUCGCUGGCGACACACGCACCGGGUCAAUUUCAUGCAACACAAACAACAAGGGGACGAGAUUUUGCAAGGGGCAUGGGGAAGGGGCAAGGGGAUGGGGCAAGGGGCAGCUUUGCUGCGUGGAGGACACGUUUUCCCCCCUUUCACCCGCUUUUCCGGCGCUUUUCCUUUGAGGGGCAACCAGGCGGACAGAAAGGCGUGCAGGUGCUCAGCUGUAACUAAACGUCCGUUUUAACAUUGCCACCUGAUGGUCCUGCUUCUUGUUUCCCGGAUUUUGGAUGGGGAUGCGGCAUGUGGCAUGUGGCACAUAUCAAACGCUUGACAGCAGCCAACAGAUCAAGCUGAAAAAUUGUCCAGCAGCAAGUUUGGCCAAAAAGGAGGAAGCAUGUGAUUAUAGGUAUUUCCACCUCGGCGUUGAGCUAAAGAUUUAUUUUCAGUUGUAGUAAGUAUUAAGUUCAUACAUGAGUAUCUGCAAGUAUUGUUUGCAAUCAACUUUUGAAGUUUAUUUUUUGCAUUCAUAUUCUGUAGUUUAGUUUACCUAAAUGUGAAGCACUUUAUUAUUUUAAUCUCAAAAAAUCCUCACCAAAAUAAUCCGCACUCUUCUUUUAUGCAACUUUAUUUUGAUAUUAAUGGAUUUGGCCUUUCAGGCUGCACUUUAUAUUUCCCAACUUCGUGAGCGUUUGUCAACGCAAAGGCGACUGGAGAAGGGAUGGAUAAAAAAAGCUCAGCCAGACAGCAUAAAAACAUCUUUUAGACAAAUAGAUUUGUAUGCUUUUAAGUAAUUUGCAGUACAAAUUGAAAUUCCAUGGCUAGCUUUCUACUGCAACUGCAGCUUGCAAUUCUACUUUAACCUGGAGAUAAAAAUUCUUCAAUCUCUUUAUACAUUUUCAACUAAUUCUACUUUAAUGCCGUUUUUUGUGUGCUACUCAUGUUUUGUCGCUUAAUUUUAAUGGCUUGCCGGGCAUUAAAUUUCUAGCUUCAUUCACGUUUAUGCUCGCAUUUUUAUUUGUGUAAUUUACGCGUCGAGUGCUGAUCAUAAAUUGUGACUGGAACCUCGCUGUCGGAAAAGUCACGUGGGCUCAUUAAAGAGCCAACAACGCCAUGAACUCGAACAAGAACAAUAAGUGUAAUAACAGCAGCAAUAAGAGUCACAAACGGUGCACACAAAACACAUGCGAACAGGAUAAAAUGAUUUACCUUCGAAAGGGAGGAAUAUAAAAUGACAGUCAUUUUUGAAGCAAUACGUGUGUAGAAAUACUCUAGUCGGGGAAAUACUUAAUGAAAACCCCAGAGACACCUCCUGCCUUAUAUUUUGCUAAAAAUUAACCUUUGUAAACAAAUCAAUCUAUGACGCCAAGAUAAGACUUCAAUACGUCAUUGGUUUAUCACUAGAUUAGAAUAUUACGGAAACUGUCUUGCGCUGCUCGUGUUGAAAUGGCACUUAAGAAAAAUAAUUCAAAAGUUGACGAUAACACAGAAUCGAAAAUCACAAUCACUAAAAUGAAAACGAAUUUCAAAGAAUUUCUAAUUAAAUCUAAUCAAAAUGUCAUUAAUAUAAGCUAUCGAAGCUAUGUCAACAAAUACCUUUCCUAUAGACAUUUGGCCCAGUUAAUAAGUUAGUGUGGAGUUAAGCGCGAAAGAGAACAGACCAAUUAAAAAUAAUUUAGUACAAUUUGGAAAGGGAAAUUGUUAUGCAAGAUAAUAACUUUAAGUCCCUGCCAUGGCUUCUGGUGGUUAUAGCAGUAUUUUGGAGCUGGCAGCUAAAUGUUUUGGCCCUGCCAAGAAUCGAACCUUAUCAUGAAACCUGUAACAAUGAACAGAGAUACGAAAACCAGGUGAUGUGCAAGAACAAGGAGUUCGGUGCUUUGGUUCCGUAUCCGGAUAAUUGUAGUUUGUUCCUGGUCUGUGACUGUCUCUAUCCAACGGUGAAGCUGUGUCCCGCAAAUCUCUGGUGGGAUAAUAAGACCCAGCUGUGCAAUUAUCCACAAGCUGUGGAAUGUAUAUACUACUCCAUUGAAACGCCAGAACCUACGGAUGGAACUACCCGAAUUACGCCAGAACCAACAUCCAGUACUCAAAAGAUAACGCCAGAACCCACAGAACCACCAUCUAGUACGGCAAAGAUAACGACAGAAACCAGUCCGCUGAUAACCAAAGAAACAUCCUCUACACCAAGUAACCCCCCAACAUCCAGUUGGGAUCCACCACCUGCACCACCGGGAAUUUCAGAUGACUACUGUCGCAAUAAGGAGGAUGGCUCCGUACAUUAUUAUCCCUAUGAUUGCCAAGCCUAUAUAAACUGCACUUACGGCUGGCCGGUGCUAAAUUAUUGUAUUGAAGACAAGGUUUUCAAUAGGUACCUGGACAUUUGCGAUACUCCCGAUGUUGCUGACUGCGAGGAGCUGCCCCUUCCCACGACCACAACAGAUAUACCGCCCACUUCAACGACUGAGGAGGAUGUGGUUUGCGGUCCAACGCCGGAGGGAAUUGAAGAGGAUUAUUGUGUGCCGAAGGGAAAUGGUUUCUAUGAGUAUCCUUACAAUUGCAGUGGAUACUUGGCCUGCAAGAAUGGCUGCACCGAUUUGGAUUACUGCCAACCAGAUAAACUCUUUAAUAACUGGCUGCACAUCUGCGAUACACCCGACUCCGUGUGGUGUGAUCCCUCGCCAUUCCCCACAACUCCGGGAACAACCCGAAACCCAACAACUUCUUCGGUCACUACAACUCCUUCAAUCUCUACAACUCCUUCAACUCCUACAACACUUCCUUCUGAUGGUUCCAGUACAACCGAAAUUGUCAGUAGCACCACAGAGAUUACGACCACUACCCCUGGACUUCCCUCUGAUGUUGAUCCAAAUGAUUGUAGAGAUGAGAAGGACGGCACUGUUUUUGCCUACAUAGGAAAUUGUUCCGAGUACUUGAUAUGUAAAGACAAUCAGGUGCAAAUGGGUCAUUGUCCUCCUAAUACUCUCUUCAAUCCCGACUGGCUUGUAUGCGAUGAGCCAGAUGAUGUAGUGUGCCUGGGAGAUCGCACCACCACGCCCAUUCCAACCACCACGCCCACUACUACUACAGAAAGAACCACUCCCACCACGACUACCACCACAGUGGCCACAACUUUGGGACCAGAUCAGCUUUGCGAUGGUCAAGAGUUGGGAACUUCUUUUCCCUAUACUGAUGAUUGCAGCAAGUAUUAUCUUUGCUUGGGCGACGGCAAAUGGACUCUGGCACCCUGCAUAUACGCCAGUUACUUUGAUCCCAGCACAGGACAGUGUGGACCUGAUGUGUCGCCCGAUGCUUGUAAAGCCUCACAAGUCACCACCACCACAACAACAACAACGACAGAGGCCACAACAACCGAAAGAGACACCACCCCCAAAUCCACAACUCAAGAACCCAUAACCACUGAAAGGACAACCACAACUGAGGCCCCAAAAACUGGUAUUUGUGGUGGUCGAAAUGAGAACGAGAAUAUUGCUUAUCCCAACAACUGUAACAAGUAUAUUGUGUGCGUUUCACCAAUUCCCAUUGCCUUCUUCUGUCCCGAUGACACAUUCUUCAGUUCAAAGUUACAAAAGUGCAUUGCUGAUUGGGAAGAAAGUGAUUGUGAGGGUGAUCAGAGUACCACGACUGUUGAACCAGGCUAUACUAAACCUCCUCCUGAACCCACCAUGUGUACCAACAGCAGUCGGGAUACUUUUCCAUAUCCGGAUAACUGUCAAUGGUUCAUACGCUGUGUGGAUGACUACAUUUACAUGAUGGACGUCUGCAAUUGUGGGGAGUACUACGAUCCAAUUACUGAAAAGUGUGGAGCAGAUGUACCUUCAGAUGCCUGUCGAUGGGAUUACACUUCAACCACAUCCACUACCAGUGAGCCGACCACGACCACAGCGGUUACGAGACCGCCACCGCAGAAAGGACCAUGUGACGAUGUCGAGGAUGGUGCUCUUGUCGCCUAUCCCAACGAUUGCUCGAAAUAUAUUAAGUGCGAUAGACCCAUUGCGGUGGCCUUUGAAUGCGAUGAAGGAGAUGAAUUUAGUGUGGAGCUUGGAAAAUGUGUGGAUGCUUCACUUGCCAAUUGUUCGAUUACAACCACUGCAAAGCCAACGGAUUCGACGACGACACCAAAAGACGGGGAAGGCUCAACAACGCCUUCUGAACCACCAACAUCAUCAUCUUCAGAAUCCUCCACAGAAUCUUCUACAGAAUCAACAACAGAAUUAACAACAGUAUCAACAACACAAUCUACAACAGAAUCAUCCACAGAUUCAACAACUGAAUCAACAACUGAAUCAACAACAGAAUCAUCUACAGCAUCAUCUACUGAAUCUUCUGAAUCGCCCUCAACAAUUUCUACAACACCGGAAUCUUCUACAAUUGAACCGGGAUCAACAACACCAGAAGGCACUACUACUGCCAAGCCGGCAGAGGGAAUUUGUGAAGGCAAGACAGACGACUCUUUGGUACCCUACCCGAGAAACUGUACCAAGUAUAUAAAGUGCCAAUAUCCAAUACCAGUUGGUUACGAUUGUCCGGAUGGCUUGGAGUUUAGUCCCACGGAACUGACUUGCAUGGAUCCCGAACUAGCUGGUUGCAGUACUAAGUUAACCACACCAGGACUUACAACAGAAGCUUCGUCUUCCCCGGUAACCACAGUCUCGACAACACCGAUUACAACUACAGAAUUGCCAACCACUUCGAAGACCACUACUACCGAGUCAACAACAAUAUCAACAACUACCACAGAAUCAACUACAGAUGUAACCACUCCCUCGACAACUACAACCGAAUCAACAACUCCCAAAAUAACAACUAACGAAUCAACAACUACCGAGUCUACAACUACCACAGAAUCAACUACAGAUUCAACAACUCCUGAAUCAACUACCACAGAGUCAACAACCGUUUCAACAACUCCGAAGACAACAACCGAAUCAACAACAGUAUCAACAACCGAAUCGACGACCACUGUGGCUACUCCAACAACUCUAGAUCCGAACACCCCUAAUAUUUGCUGUGGCCAAGCUCUUGGAACUCUGCUUCCGUAUCCCAAUGACUGCGGUCGCUAUGUCGUUUGUGACUAUCCCAUUCCAUAUGCCGUGGAUUGUGAUGAGGGAACGAUCUUCAAUGAUGAACUUCUUCAAUGCACCUCUGCGCCCAAUGAAAGGUGUCUUUUCAUUGAAUUUUAAAAAAAUGUAAUAAUAAAGCAUACAGCA